UUUGGAAAGAUGCAAGAUGCAGCAGCUGCUGCUGCUUCCCCGGUGGGGUCUGUGCAGGGGGAGAGCCCGUCAUUAAACGGGGGAGACUUUCUCCGGCUGGAAGCAGCCCCCCGAGGGCAGCCCUGGGCUCUGCGGACACCGCCCCCUGAGCUGGAGACAGCAGCAGGUGAUGCCGGGAUGGCGAGUGAGAAUGGGGAGGAGAAGCCCCAGCAGGAAGAUGCUGAUCCAGGAGAGCCUCGCGGGACGUUCGCAGGGAGAUGCAAAAGGGACGUUUGCUGUGGUUGGCCACCGACCAAAGCCUGUGAGAGUCAGCGCAGGGCAGAGGAAAGUGUCAGGAGCUGCUCACACCUUAUGAGACGUCGGCGCAUCCUCACGGGCGAGAGAACCUACCCAUGCUCUGAGUGUGGGAAAAGCUUCAGCCAGAGCUCCUCGCUUAUUAGACACCAGAGAAUCCACACAGGAGAGACCCCAUUCGCGUGCGCCGAGUGCGGGAAACGCUUUAGCCAGCGCUCAUCCCUGGUCACCCACCAGAGAAUCCACACCGGCGAGACACCCUACACCUGCGCCGAGUGCGGGAAAAGCUUCCGGCGGAGCUCAAACCUGAUCACGCACCAGAGAAUCCACACCGGCGAGACGCCCUACACCUGUGCUGAGUGCGGGAAAAGCUUCCGGCAGAGCUCAAACCUCAUCACGCAUUGGAGGAUCCACACUGGGGAGACACCCUACACCUGCCCCGAGUGCGGGAAACGCUUCAGUCAGAGCUCGACCUUCAUUCGACAUCAGACCAUCCACACCGGGGAGACACCCUACGCCUGCUCCGAGUGCGGGAAAAGCUUCAAUCGGUGCUCUGCCUUGAUCACGCACCGGAGGAUCCACACGGGAGAGAUGCCCUACGCCUGCACCGAGUGCGGGAAACGCUUCAGUCUGAGCUCGACCCUCAUUGCGCAUCGGAGGAUCCACACGGGAGACACACCCUACACCUGCACCGAGUGCGGGAAAAGCUUCCGGCAGAGCUCAAACCUGAACACCCACCGGAGAAUCCACACCGGGGAGACGCCUUACGCCUGCGCCGAGUGCGGGAAAUGCUUCAGUCAGAGAUCCACCUUUAUUAGACAUCGGCGCGUCCACACGGGGGAGACGCCAUACACGUGCUCUGAGUGCGGGAAAAGCUUCAGCCAGAGCUCCACCCUCAUCACACAUUGGAAAAUCCACAUGGAAGAGGCCCCCUACGCAUGCUCCGAGUGUGGGAAACGUUUUAGCCACAGUUCUGCCCUUAUUAGACAUCUGAGGAUCCACACCGGGGAGACCCCUUACCCAUGCUCCGAGUGCGGGAAACGUUUUAGCCACAGCUCUGCCUUGACCACGCACUGGAGGAUCCACACGGGAGAGACGCCCUACAAAUGCUCCGAGUGCGGGAAAAGCUUCCGGCGGAGCUCCGGCCUCCGCACCCAUUGGAGGAUCCACACCGGCGAGACGCCCUACACGUGCUCCGAGUGCGGGAAAAGCUUCAGCCACAGCUCCACCCUGACCACCCACCGGAGAAUCCACACCGGGGAAACGCCCUACGCCUGCGCCGAGUGCGGGAAACGCUUCCGGCAGAGAUCCAGUCUCAUCACGCACCGGAGGAUUCACACCGGAGAGAUGCCCUACGCCUGCUCCGAGUGCGGGAAAAGCUUCCGGCAGAGCUCAAACCUUAUAGCUCACCAGAGAAUCCACAUGGGGGAGACACGCUGAACGUGCUCUGAGUGCGGGAAAAACGUCAGUCACGGCUCAUCCUUCGUUAGGCACCGGAGAAUCCCCACGGGUGAGAGACCCUAUAUGUGCGCCGAGUGUGGGAAAAGCUUCAGUCAGAGCUCAAACCUUAGUAGGCAUCUGAGAAUCCACACUGGAGAGGCACCGUACAGCAGGGCUUCUCAGACUGCGGGGCGGGACCCCUCAGGGGGGCACAAAGUCAUUACACGGGGGUCACGAGCUGUCAGCCUCCACCCCAAACCCCGCUUUGCCACCAGCAUUUAUAAUGGUGUUAAAUAUAUAAACAAGUGUUUUUAAUGUGGGGGGGGAGGUCACACUCAGAGGCUUGCUGUGUGAAAGGGGUCCCCAGUGCAAAAGUCUGCGAACCCCUGCCCUACACCGGCUGGUGUCAACCAGGCGUACACGUCACCCUGGGGAUACGCAGAGGUCUUCCAGGGGACACACCAACUCGUCUCGAUAGUUGCCUAGCUUUACAACAGGCUACAUGAAAAGCGCUCGUGAAAUCAGCACAAACUCACAUUUCCUACGGACGACGCCUUGUUUAUACUGCUCUCUAAGCUGUACAUGGAAAUGCAAGUACAAUAUUUAUAUUCUGAUGGAUUUAUUUUAUAAUGCUACAGUAAAAAUGAGAACAUCAGCACAUUUUUAGCACGUGGGUGGCCGGGACACUUUUGUAUGUGUGGGUCUGGUUUCGUAAGCAGGUCGUUUUUAAGUGAGGUGAAACUUGGGGGGGACGCAAGACACAUCAGACUCCUGAAAGGGGGACAGUCGUCUGCAAAGGUUGAGAGCCGCUGCCCUACUGAGAGCUCUCACCUUAUCACACGUCAGAGACUCCCCGUGCGUGAGAGCCCCAACACGUGCUCUGAGUGCGGGAAAAGCUUUGGGCGAAGCUCGGGCCUUGUCGCAUGGGCGGGGCGUAUCAUAGGCGGGGGCAGGCCGUGCCUCCCCAAAUAAGGCCAGUGUGGCCCCGCCCACGCGCCGCCCAGAAGGCCCCCCUCCUGCUUGCUUUUCCCCCUUGGCCACAGCCCA